CUGUCAGCAUCCUCCUCCCGUGUCGUGGACGCGCACGCUUAACAGCUCAAUAUUCGAGAAUACCAGCCAGCCUGGCUUUGCAUCAUCCAACUGAUACCACAUCAGCUUCACGCGACACGCACAUUCAACGCUUGUAUUUCUCAUCGGGACAUUGAUGCAUUUUCCUACACGGUCACCCUAGCGGUCCAGCCGUUGUUUUUUGCUCUUACUUCCUACCCGUGCGCGUCCCCCAGGCUGAUCCACGCGAUAAGAUGGCUGAGCUCAAUUUGGGGAAGGGUUUGACUGCAGGGAAAGUGGCCAGCAACGUUCAGAAGAAGCUAACACGAGCCCAAGAGAAGGUCCUACAGAAGCUUGGAAAAGCAGAUGAGACCAAAGAUGUUGCUUUCGAGGAGGGAGUCAUAAACUUCAACAAACAAUAUGCUGAAGGGAGCAAACUCCAGCGCGACCUGAGAGCAUACCUAGAGGCCGUGAAAGCCAUGCACGAGUCCUCCAAGAACGUGCAGGCAUGCCUUGCUGACAUGUAUGAGCCCGACUGGUACGGCAAGAAUGAAGUUGAUUCCGUUGUGGAGGAUUGUGAUGUGCUCUGGACUGACUACCAUCAAAAGUUGGUCGAUCAUGCCCUCAUCUCCAUGGAUACCUACUUGGGACAGUUUCCUGAUAUUAAGGCUCGUAUUGCCAAGAGGGACAGAAAGUUGGUGGAUUACGACAGUGCCAGACACAACUAUUCCACCACGCAUAAGACCAAGAAAAAGGACGGCGGGAUUAAAAUCACCAAGCCAUCCUCUUUGUUGGAGAGGGCAACACCCGGCUGGGCUCAAGGGAUUCUGUCAGCACACAAUGUGGCCCAGAGUAGCUUGUCCAGAAGCCAGGCAGAGGAGGAAUUGGAGAGAGCCCAGAAGGUGUUUGAGGAAAUCAAUAUUGACUUACAGGAGGAGUUGCCUUCACUGUGGAACAGUCGUGUUGGUUUUUAUGUCAGCACCUUCCAGAGUUUGGCUGGUUUUGAGGAAAAGUUUCACAAAGAAAUUAGUCGGUUGGAUCAAGAUUUAUACGAUGUCUUGGUAAAACUGGAACAGACGGACACAAGCAGAAAGACAGGUAACCGCAGCGCCUUAUCGUCAGGAGCAAAUAGGAGUGGCAUCGAUGAGUCUAACCACACCCUCAAGCCAGGAGGACCGCCGCCAAUUCCAAAAUCCCCAUCCAAGCUCAGACCAGCAGUGCCUCCUCCACCCAAGGUGACCCCAUCCAAAGAGAUGAAAACGGAAAAUAUCAUCAAUCUGUUUGAUUCUGCAGCAACUCCUGAUAUUAAUGUCACCUCCCCGACAGAGCCAGCAAACUCAGACUCCUGGCCAGAGGAUGGCGACACCCAAGAAGAGCCCCCCAAAAGGCUGUAUGACCCUGUGGCGGCUGCUGCGGAGGCCUGGGGCGAUGACGAUGAUACGCCGCCUGCACACUAUGACCCCAUAGUUGCUGCCACAGAGGGUUGGGGGGACGACGAUACCCAAGCGGUUCACUAUGACGCAAACGACGAUUGGGAGGACGAUGGAACCCAGCAGGCUUAUGACGAAUCUGUUGUGGAAGCUGAGGAAGGUCCGGUGGAGAACGACAAGCAGCCGGACGCAGAGGACGCCACCAGUCCAACUGAGGCUCCGGUUGACGCUUGUGAAGAAGAAGCUCCUCCUAAUGCUGCUAAUGAAGAGGAUCAGGGGGAAUCUGAAACAACUCCUGAAGCAGAAGCGGUGGAAGCAGCAGAGGAAACACCAACAAAUGACACAUCUGCAGUAAAUGAAGAACCCGUUGAAGAAAAGGCAGAGUCACCUGACAUGCCUCCUGGUUUCCUGUUUAAGGUCCAAGUGAUGCAUGACUAUGCCGCAAAUGACACGGACGAACUUGAAAUGAAGGCAGGUGACGUGGUGCUAGUCAUGACCUUUGACAACACAGAUGAACAGGAUGAUGGCUGGCUGAUGGGAAUGAAAGAGGAUGACUGGAAGCAGAAAAAAGAAAAUGGCACCAAAGGUGUAUUCCCAGAAAACUUCACCCAGAGGCUGUAAAAAGUUUCAUUGUCACGCCAACCUUUUUCUUUCACUCAUUCCCGUCUAUCAUCCCCACUCCCUGUCCUAUUCUUGCCCUGUCUAAUUACUCGGACUUUGUCCAUAAAAGCAGAACUGAAAUUGCAGUUCCACUACUGAGGAAUUCCUACAAAAAAGAAAUGACAGCCAUUACCAAGGGGCCAAAUUUCAGACUUACAGUGCUGGACUGAAAAGAGAAUCCUGACCUUAUGCGGGAUUAGCGCAAAUGUGGCUCCCUCUGUAAUGACUUAGCAUAAUUCAAUCAUUAUAUUUCAUUACAAACCACCUCUCAUUGCUAAACUCUCAUAAUCAGAGAACACAAAGUCAGUUUAUUUCUGAAACAAAUUUGUGGUUUGGUCUGUUUUGGUCACAUGUAGCAAGUGAUUUUUAAAUAUUCAGGUAGGGCGACCUGUUAAGAUCAGGUGUCAAGGAGACGUUGUUUACCGAUCAGAAAUCAAUGUCAUUAGUCUUGGGCAGCUGUAACGAUCGUUACAUCUUAAAUCCUACUUUGUUGUAUUUUUUUUUCAUGGUGAUAAACAGUGUUGAGAGGCAAGUCAUUAUGCAUUCAACAAAUCGACACAACAAAGUUAGGCUUGCCUGAAAGCUUUCCAGCAAUCUGCACCAAUGAGAAGCUGCAACUGGUACUAAAAUAGUUAGGCAGAUUUAAUCACACUGGGAUCAAUCAUAUUCUAACUGAGCCAGCUUCAUCCACUUUUAAAAGACGUGCCGACGUCCUCCUACUUUCAUCAACACGACUUUGCUCACAAAUGCAAAUGUUUCCAAAUAUGCACCAGAGCUACUUGUUUUAUUUUUGUAUGCUGCCAAGCAAUGAUGAUAUGUAUAGCGGUCACCAUAUUUGCCAACUGAGAAUGCUACAGAGUGUUUUGUACUUAUGUCAGGUUCUUCGCUCUUACAUAGCCCAAACACAUUCGCAAACUCGACGUAGAUUCAUAUUUGGUAUUACCGUAUUCAAGUGAGAGUGAGGUGUGUGUGUGUAUGUGUGUUUUGGAAAAGAAAUUCUUGAUUUCUAGAGUAAUGUUAUGGGGAUAAAAUCCCGGAAGUAAGUGCGCCCAUUUGACGAGGAGCUUUUCAAACUGGACAAACGGUAUUUGCGCUGGCUAUUACAGGUUCCAGAUGUAAUUGUGCAUUUGUUGUGUAUAAGUGUAAUUUUGCCAAGUGAUGACAGCUACAUAUUCUAUAAAGACAUUCAUAUGUGUAUGUGAGUUAAUGUGAGCAUGCUGACUUCCCAGGUGUUGUUGUGUGAAAACCUUUCGUUUAAUACAAUGCUACUGGGAUUAUUUUUGAGGUAUGUUUUCCCACCGAAAAUUGUGUUUAUUUAUUCUCUUUUUUUAUAAGGGGACUUUUGAGCAGAUUUAUUUUGGAUAUUCACACAUCACCCCCUUCCCUUCGUGGUUUUCCAUCAAUCUUGCCUCAAAAUGUUGUCAGUGUAUUGUGGCCCAAAGAGAUUCAAUUGUGAUAAUAUAUGGAGGCAAGACAUAUAGAGACUGACUUUUUAAAUUUGUAUUUAUUUAUUUAUUGCUCAGUGAUUUGAGUGAGAUUUGCCUCAGUUUCCAACAAUGGCGUCACAGCACUGUGUUUUAAUUUUUAUUUAUUUUUCAUGACUUUGGUUCUCUAUUUGUCUUAAGACAAGUCUCCUAUGUUUGGGAUAAACAUCUUAAAAAUAUUCAAAUAUCUUCCUUACCUACCUGACCCAAUAUAUAAAAAAAAUGACUUCAAACCUCCAUCA